AUGGAUCUCAGGAUUAAUUUUCUCUUGGUGGGAGCUGUGUUUGCAGCUUUGUUUAGUGUAAUGAGCUGCAGUGAGCUAAGCCUACCCACAGACCAAACUGGUGAUGGAAUCAAACUCUUCAAUGUCAUGGCUUUUGGUGCCACGGGAACUGGAACCACAGAUGACUCUAACGUAGAACAUCAUUUCCUCAAUUUCUCUGUCAUGUUUUCGUCCAAUGAUUGCACCAGGCCAACUGCACUUAGAAUUUCGAACUGUGUUAAUGUUCGAUUAAGUGGGCUGAAGCACUUCAACAGUCAAAGAAAUCACAUAUCGAUCGACGGAUGUAACGAUGUGAUUGUUUCCGGGCUCCAUAUUUUCGCUCCUGAACAAAGUCCCAACACGGACGGUAUUGACAUAGCAGGCUCGACGAAUAUUCAAGUUAUGAACAGCGUCAUUCAAACUGGUGAUGAUUGUAUUGCAAUCAACACACUAUGCUCCAAUGUUAAUAUUACUGGAGUGACUUGUGGACCUGGUCAUGGCAUAAGGGAGGAGCUGGAUAUGCAAGACACAUAA